AUGAAACCUUUCACUAGAUAUUCGGAUUCUGAUUAUGCACUGAUAAAACUUGAUCAGUUCUUUUUUUCCUUUAAUGGACAACAUAGUUGGCCAGAAGGAAAUGCUGCUGAAGAUGAGGUAGUUUCACAUAAAAACGAACCGGAGAGUGUAGAAGAAGUGAAAGAAGCUGUUGUUAAGGGGGGUUGA